GAUGGCGGUGUCUGUCCCAGAUGGGGGUGUCUGUCCACGAUGGCGGUGUGUGUCCAAGAUGGCGGUGUGUGUCCACUAUGGCGGUGUGUGUCCACGAUGGCGGUGUCUGUCCACGAUGGCGGUGUGUGUCUACGAUGGCGGUGUGUGUCCACGAUGGGGGUGUGUGUCCACGAUGGCGGUGUGUGUCCACGAUGGGGGUGUGUGUCCACAAUGACGGUGUAUGUCCAAGAUGAUGGGGUGUGUCCAAGAUGGCGGUGUCUGUCCCAGAUGGGGGUGUCUGUCCACGAUGGCGGUGUCUGUCCAAGAUGACGGUGUGUGUCCAACAUGGGGGUGUGUGUCCAAGAUGACGAUGCUUGUCUGUCAGAGGGGGAGAUGCGGAGUUCCCUGAGCCCUGGCAGGUUGUGACAGCCAGGGGCACCCCCACUGGGGGCAUUUACCACCAUCAUUCCUGACCCCACAGUCUCUGCGGGGAUCACUACCUCUCAGACCAGGCCUCCCCAGGGACGCUGUUGUCUCUUCCUGGGUACCAGAGGGAUUGACUCAGAGCCAUCAUUGCUUCCUUUCCCGCAGCCAUCACUGCUGGCAUUUUUCCUGAACUUCCUGUGGGCAGGAUGGUUUUACCCAAACCAUCAGGGCUCCGGGAACCCUCUGCCACCAUUGACUCAUGCGUUCAGGGCCUGAGUCAAUCCUUCCCCGCUGGCCUCUUCGUUCCUGGCUUCUUCCUUUGCCAAUGUCUUCCGUCGAGAGCCAGGAAGGCCCCCGGUCAGUCCCUGAAGGCCCCUAACCACACUUAGGGAAAGCUCUGGGUCUGAGGUUUGAGGUGGUCCCCUCCAGGUUUAAAGAGAAGCUGGACAAAGCCUCCUUCGCCACUCCGUACGAGUACGCCAUGGAGACCGCCAAGCAGAAGGCCUUGGAGGUGGCCACUCGGAUGCACCAGAAGGACCUGCGGACGCCCGACGUGGUCAUCGGGGCCGACACGAUCGUGACGGUCGGGGGGCUGAUUCUGGAGAAGCCGGUGGACAAGCAGGACGCCUACAGGAUGCUGUCCCGGUUGAGUGGGAAAGAGCACAGCGUGUUCACAGGCGUCGCCAUUGUCCACUGCUCCAGCAACGACCGUCAGCUGCACACCAGGGUCUCGGAAUUCUACGAGGAAACGACGGUGAAGUUCUCGGAGCUGUCUGAGGAGCUGCUCUGGGAAUACAUCCACAGCGGGGAGCCCAUGGACAAAGCUGGCGGCUACGGGAUCCAGGCCCUGGGCGGGAUGCUGGUUGAGUCUGUGCACGGGGACUUUUUGAACGUCGUGGGCUUCCCGCUGAACCACUUCUGCAAGCAGCUGGUGGAGCUCUACUACCCACCCCGCCCGGAGGACCUGCGGCAGCCCGUCCAGCACGACUGCAUCCCGGCCGUGGACACCUUCGAAGACCUCAGUGAUGUGGAGGGGGGCGGCUCGGAGCCUGCUCAGAGGGAGACGGGCAGCCGCGACGAGAAGGCCGAGGUGGGAGCGGCCGGACAGGCCACGGCCGAGGCCGAGUGCCACAGGACUCGGGCGACCCUGCCCCCGUUCCCCACACGCCUCCUGGAACUGCUGGACGGCUUUAAACUAUCAAAGGCCCUGCUCACUGCUUGCAAGCUGAAGGUGUUCGAUUGGUUAAAACGUGAAGCACCCCAGAAGGCGCCAGAUAUUGCCAGCAAAGUGGACGCCUCUGCCUGUGGAACGGAGAAGCUUCUGGACGUCUGUGCUGCCAUGGGGCUCCUGGAGAAGACACAGCAAGGUUACAGUAACACGGAGACAGCCAACCUUUACCUGGCGUCGGACAGUGAGUACUCUCUGCACGGCUUCAUGUUGCAAAACGACGACGUCAUCUGGAACCUCUUCACGUACCUGGAGUUUGCCAUCCGAGAGGGGAGAAACCAGCACCACAGGGUGCUGGGGAAGAAGGUGGAAGAUCUAUUCCAGGACGCGUACUACCGGAGCCCGGAGACGCAACUGCGGUUCAUGCAGGCCAUGCACGGCGUGGCAAAGCUGACUGCGCGCCAGGUGGCCACGGCCUUCGAUCUGUCCCGCUUCUCCUCUGCCUGCGACGUGGGAGGCUGCACAGGUGCACUGGCCCGAGAGCUGGCCCGCGAGUACCCUCGUCUCCAGGUGACUGUGUUUGACCUCCCGGACGUCGUCGAGCUGGCCGUCCACUUCCAGCCCGCCGGACCACAGGCGGCGCAGAUCCACUUCGCAGCAGGUGAUUUUUUCAGGGACCCCCUCCCCAGCGCUGAGCUAUAUGUCCUGUGCCGGAUCCUGCACAACUGGUCAGACGACAAAGUCCACAAGUUACUCAGCAAGGUCGCCGAGAGCUGCAAGCCUGGGGCCGGCCUGCUGCUGGUGGAGACGCUCCUGGAUGAGGAGAAGAGGGAGGCGCAGGGUGGCCUGAUACAGUCGCUGAACAUGCUGGUGCAGACUGAGGGCAGGGAGCGGAGCAGAGGCGAGUACCAGUGCUUGCUGGAGCUGCACGGCUUCCACCAGGUGCAGGUGGUGCACUUGGAGGGUGUCCUGGAUGCCAUGUUGGCCACCAGAGUGGCCCCCUGAAGCCCAGGCAGCGUGUUCAUUAUAGGGACGUCCUCCCCCAGGCUGCAGGUGGACCGCCUGGUCCCCAAGUACAUAGGACAGUCACAUAGGAGCGUGCAGUCGUGGCUGAAUAAAGAAAGCAAAAGUCUG